AGAAGGAGAAGAAGUAUUUGCGAAAGGCCGCUGGCGGCAUCCUUUUGCCUAAAUUUUGUGGCUAAUUUUUUGAAAUUAAUAUUACCCCUCAACAAGUAAUAAUAUUUGUAUUUUACACUUGUGAUAAUCACAGUGCUCUAGAAUCGUGAUGUAAUUACCCAGUGAAAUAAUAAAUGUCGAAGUAGUUGUUAUUGAAGUGUUUGAUGUGACGCGGCGUCAUGUCUGGAACAAAAUUUUUUAUACAUGGCGGUGGUACGUGGCGGGAAGUUGACGAAAAUAAUGGUAGAGUGUCUGGCUGGGGCAAAAUACAAUUUGUCUAUCUAAGUCGGGGACGUUUGGUGGUCGCCCGCCGUAAUUCUGUACUCCGCGGACUAAAAGCGCUUUUGGCGGGCAAACCCACUACCGUAAGAGAUGGAUCAAGACUUCAAGUAAUCAGACCGAAAGUUAAGAAAGAGAAAAAUAUUCAGCAAAUUGAGUCAACUAAUUGCAACUGCUGUACCUGUCAACAUGCCCUCCAUCACAAUCACCGAUUAGCAACAGAUGUUUUAUUUAAUAAAUUAUUAAAACAAAACACAAGCUCAACUGCCACACAGUGUGUAUUGACUCCCGAUAGCCCGGUAGAAGUUAUACAGAAUGCAGAGCAGAGUAAAAAGCACACAGAAGAAACGGAGAAACAUACAGAAACAGAAAAGGAUGGUAAAUGUUCAGAAACAGAUGAGAGUGAGCCUGUUCCAGCUAAACCACUGGAAACACAGAAAGUGCCUAGAAAGGAAUUGAUAAUUGAUGAAGACGAUGUUCUUUUAGUCAGAACAUUCAUAGAACACGACAGAAGGAAUAUUUUUGACAUAUCACUAGUUGACUAUGACGCCGAUGAUAAUUGCAAAAGAUCCGUUUUUUAUAAAAUAAAUCCUCUAGUAGUAGUGGAGAAGAGUUUACAGAUCGCGCAAAUGAUUCGUCCCCCUAGUCAGUGCUCAAGUGUUUCAUUACAAGAAUUUAUUGCCCAUCUAGGACUCCGGAGCAUCCAUGAAGUAUCAAAGAGUAGCAAAUACAGAAUGCGUCAGCGUAAAAGCCAUCAAAGCCUUAAAGAAGUUGAAAUAAAUAAUAGUGAUACCGAUAAAGAAAAUGUUAAAACACCUAGCAGAACUAAUAUUAAUAACCCGGCGGAAAAAAGAUUGACAAGAACAUCUCUUUUAGAUUCUAAACAUAAUAAAAUACAAAAAAAAGAGAAAACAUACCACUAUGAACCCUUGAAAUUAAAAGUUACUAGCAAUUUAAGAAAAUUAAGUGGUGUUAGAAAUAACUGUCUAUUGAACAUGAGACGCAGGUUUCGAUCUGACAAAAAUAUAAAGAUAAACAAAAUUGAGGCUAGAGAUUCUAUAGAUGGCAGCAAAAAAAUUGCUGAGGACGAAAACAUAUUGCAUAAGAGUCUCAAUUCGCGACGACAUACUGCUGAUAAAACAUUGACAAGAAACAAUAACAAAAAUCAGUCCACCAAAGUCAGUUCUGAUUCAGAAAGCUUAGCUGAUAAAGAGAAGAACAAUUCAGUGAAUAUGUCACGCAAUUUGGGUUCAGUAACUCGUGACAGACCUACUGUGCCCAAAGACAAAAAGAGUCGGGUGACGGAGGAAUCAACCAAAAAAAGCGCAAUUGAUAAGAUUAAACUAACCAAACAACUAUCGGCAUCUCUUCCAACAAAGACUACAAGAAAUAAAAUCACUGAACUGCCCAUUGAGCCGAGUUCCGACGAAGAUACAUUUCAAGAAGACAAAACAAAAGGAAAGGUUAAAAGUAAAAAUGGGAUGAAGCAGCCUGAUUCUUCUAGUAAACAGCAAAAUAGCAAACCUGAACAUGAUAGCAAAACAUCACAAAAGCCAAACACAUCUUCUUCCAGAGGAGCCCUACGUGCAUAUUCCAGCGCGGAGGACGAGGCGAUAGUGUCCUGGCUGAAGGUGGGCGAUCGGGCCAACCUAGUCAACGGCAAUCGCAUUUGGAAGGAGUUGAAACCUGAGCAUUACAAGACAACCGGCCACCACCGGCCGUGGCAGUCGCUGCGUAACCGCUACCUGCGCUACAUCCUGCCCGCGCUCAGCUCGCUCGCCGUGCCGCCCGCGCUCGCGCAGAAACUCCGUGCCGCCGCUGCAAAAGGUGAAAUAAAGUCGCGGAGCAAUUCUAACUCGGCGAACAACUCGAUAUUCAAGUCGGCGCCGGUCCGCAGUGCGUGGGCGCUUCGCCCCAGGUCCCUCCCCCACUCCCCUCCCGCCUCCAUCCACAAGCCCAGCCCCCCAAUUUCCCCGAAAUCCCCGACAAUUACAUCCCCAUCUCUACGCAAUCGUACGCAGACGCCCACAGCGUCUACGUCGAAAACGGCACAGCAGCCGGAUGAGAGCGAAUCCGAUUCAAGCGAUACUUCAGGCGCCUUCCGAGCUCUACCGAAGCGCAAGCUCAGAUCAUCGGCCGUUCAGUCUCCGACGUUACCGACCCCUAAAGCGAAAGACCGCCGGGAUUCGCUGACGUACUCCGAGCUGACGCGCAGGUUCGCGUCGCGCCACCGCUCCACGCCGCACUCCGACUCGCCCGACCGCGACGCUCGCGGCGAGCAGCGGCGCCGGGACUCGACCGAGUCGUCCGACUCCCCACACUUGUCAGACUCGUCCGCCGAAUCGGACGACGAUGCCAGAACUAAAAGAGUGACGAGGAACGAUAGUAGAGGCUCGCCGUCUUUACUCAGCGGACCCGCCAGACGACGAUCGAAGCGCCUCAGAAGCGUGAGCGCGACGCCCGAAAGACCCAAAACUCGCCGUCUGUACAACCCGCGGGCCAUCUGACGUAAACGCGAUCCGUCUUGAGGUAUCACGAGCAACGUUUAAAUGGUACCGAAAAUUAUAUCGUGAAAAUAAAUAAUUUUGCG